UGUAAAUAUUCUGGAGAGCCGCUAAGGAUGUCUAAAAGAACAAAAGGAUAGAACUCCCGAACAAUUGGAGCAAAAUGAAAUCGAAUGCCAUACAAAGUAUAUCAAGUGCUGGUUGUCAUACUGAGCCACAGCUGUAGCCAUGGAUGCCAAAGCUAACGACAGCACCUUCCCCAGUUUUGGAGACUUGGAUGAGUUCCUCACCAAGCAUGACUCCAAUUUUGUGUGGCUCCUUGUGGCCACCAUUCUGUCCUGUGGAUGGAUCAUCUACCUGACCUACUACAACUCCCGCAACAUCGGCCUCAUCUUAACCCUCAUCAUCAACAGACUCUGCAAGAAUGGCUACAUUCACAUCGGCUCCUUCUCUUUCUCGGUGCUGUCGGGGAAGGUCAUGUUCAGGGAUGUGUACUUUAUCAACAAAGACAUGUCCAUCAGAAUACAAGAUGGUUUCUUUAUAUUCCGUUGGUGGAAAAUGUAUAACCCUAAGCAGAAACAGCAUGACCCCAAAGCUGAGACCAGGCUCUACGUGACCGUAAAUGGAUUUGAGUUCCACGUUUACAACCGGACAGACCUCUAUGCACGUCUAGAGGAGACCUUUGGGUUGGACCCCACCCUCAUACCGCCCAAAAAAGACGAGGAAAGGGAAAGAGAGGAACGAGAAAAGAGCCUGGACAGUGUUAACGUCAAAGGAGAGACUCCAGACCCAUCGUCAUCUUGGAGAUCCCUCAUCCCCGUCAUCAAAGUCAACAUCAGCACUGGUCGCUUGGCAUUCGGGAACCACCACCUCCCCCAGACGAUAUGUGUGAACUUUGAGGAUGCCUUCCUGACAUACGCCACCAAGCCCCCGUCCAGCCACCUAGACCAGUACAUGCACAUAGUCAAGGGCUCUCUAGAGAAUGUCCGCGUCAUGCUAGUACCCAGCCCACGCUACCUGGGCAUGCAAAACGAUGAGCCGCCCAGACUGAUGGGAGAAGGGUUUGUGGUCAUGCAGUCCAAUGAUGUGGACAUCUACUAUUACCAGGAUGAACCAGGCCUGGUCCCAGAGGAGCAGGAGAGUGGGGAUCCAGAGCUAUGUGGAGAAGGAACCAAACUGCAGGAUCUGCCUCCCUGCUGGGGUCUGGACAUAGUCUGUGGGAAAGGAACUGACUUCAACUACGGGCCCUGGGCGGACAGGCAGAGGGAUUGCCUGUGGAAGUUCUUCCUACCGGCAGACUACCAGUCCAUGGGUGUUACGGCGGUGGCUCAGCCCGGCAAACCCAGACAGAUUCUGGCCUUUGAACUCCGCAUGAACAUUAUCGCAGACGCCACCAUAGACCUGCUCUUCACCAAAAACAGGGAAACCAAUGCCAUACAUGUGAAUGUCGGAGCAGGCUCUUAUCUGGAAGUGAACAUCCCCAUGACUGUGGGGGAGACUGGCUACUCUCCCACCAUCAAAGGCCAGCUGCUCCAUGUCGACACAACCACCAGCAUGCAGUACAGGACUCUGCUGGAGGCUGAGAUGCUGGCUUUCCAUGUGAUUGCCAGCUAUCCCAGUGUGUGGAACAUGCCCCAGUCCUGGAACUGUGAGAUAGAGGUGUACAAGGCCACCUAUCACUUUAUUUACGCCCAGAAAAACUUCUUCACAGACCUGAUCGGGGACUGGGCCAGUGACAGCACCCCGGAUAUCUACUCUUUUGUCCCUUACGCCUGGAAGUUCAAGGUUGUCUUCCACCAGUUUGAGAUGCUCUGGGCUGCCAACCAGCAUAACUGGAUCGACUGCUCCACUAAGCAACAGGAGAAUGUGUAUCUGGCUGCUUGUGGGGAGACUCUGAACAUUGAUUUCACGUUGCCUUUUAAUGAGUAUGUCCCUACCACCUGCAAUACAAGGUUCUGUCUGAGGGCUGAAGAUACAGACUUGCGGCUCUCCCUGCCAGACUGCCACCCCAGCAGGUACCCACUGCUCACCCUGGCCAAGGACUACCAGAACAGCAAGUUGCCACCUGACAUGUGCAUGCCUGGGGAGAGCCAGGGCCAGAGCCAUGGCGGCCCUCCCAAACUCAACAAGUCCGGCUGGAGGAACAUCACCCACGCAGAGGCUGGCUGGGUGGACUGUUGGACCGUCCCAAACUUCCUGCUCAUCAUUGAUUACACCUGGCACCCCAUCUACCCCCAGAAGGCAGACAAACAGCUCAAGCAGUCCUUGUCGGAGAUGGAGGAUGCCAUGUUGUCGUCCUUGCGCCCCCCUGAGCACUCGUCUGUGCCCCACCCGCCACCACCUCGCAGCUCUGCCCCCAACAGCAGGGUGACCACAGAUCCCUCUGAGCUGCCCCCUGACAGGCUCCAUGUGGAGAUAGAGAUGUCCCCCGACUCCCAGAUCAUCCUUUACGGGCCCCUGCUCAAGGCCCUCGUCUCCAUCAAGGAGAACUACUUUGGUGAGGACGACAUGUACACAGACUUUGAGGAGGCGGUGUCCAGCCCUGUGCUGUCCUCCCUGUCCACCUUCUCCACCCUGGGUUGGUCUCCACUGGGCCUGGACGAUGACGGGAGGGAUGGUGCCACCCUCCACCCCCUGGCCCUGCGCCCCUGGGAAAUCACCGUCCUCAUCAACCUCUACAAGGUGCACGGACGCCUGCCCAUGCACUGCGGCAGUGACAGUCCUGAAGCCCCCUCGGGGUUCCUAGAGAAGCUGUGUUUUGAGAUGAAAAAGGGCUACAAGGAGACCAUGCUCCAGCUUGUGCUCUCACCGGCUCACAUAUUCAUCAGUGACAACUACCAGCGGCCCACAUCUGAUGGUGUUCUGAGGGACGGCCACCUGAGUCUGUCUGGUCUGCAGAUGCGUGCUCAUGCCAUGUUCUCAGCCCAGGGCCUGCCUCUAGGCACAGACACCCUGGAGUACGCCUGGCUCAUAGACAUGCAAGCCGGGGCCCUCACUGGGAGAGUCACCAUGCCACAGCUGGCCAGUGUGAUGGAGUGGGGCGAGACAUACAUGUUUCACGUCUUCUCCCGGGAGUUCCAGCUGGAACAGCCCAAGCCCUCCGUCAUCUGCCAGCACGGGGUGGACCGCCGUGUGUGUGACUCCAAGAUGGCCUGCCUGCCUGGACACUGCCGGACCUCUGAGGAGCUCAAGUACACCAUGACCCGUCUGGCUGUGGACGGGGCCGACCUCUUCAUAGUGGAGCACAGCUGUGCAGCCAACAUCAAGACCGGCGCCAUCCGACUGGCCAACUGCAACCUGCACAAUCAGGCGGUAGGAGAAGGGAUCAGUGCUGUGGUUCAGGACGUAUAUAUCCACCAGUACAUUGAACAGCAGCAGCAACAGCCCCAGUCAGACGGGGUCCGACCAGGGCCCUCUCCAGGUCAGGGGUUAGGGCUGGGCCAGCCCCCUGUACUGCGGAGAUCCUUCUGGUUGGAGGCUGGUUCGGUCAACUUUGCCCUGAUCACAGCUGAUGUGGCACUGGCUGCGGACCACCCGGCCAAGUACGAGGUGCAGAGGCAGUUCCUGGAGCUCCAUGACGCUCACACCAAGAGGCUAUGGUUCCUGUGGCCAGAUGAGACAGGGCGUAACAAGCGAAGCAGGAAUAAGUGUGGCUGCCUGGGGGGCUGUCGCUUCUACGGGGGCACCAACACAGGCCUGGACUUCUUCCAUCUGGAGGAGAAGACCCCCUCGAGCUCUGCCUUCUCCUCCAGCGCUGAGUCAGACAUUUGCUACGGCCAAUCACUGCUGCAGCCUGGAGAGUGGAUCGUCACCAGGGAGACAACCAAACUGUCCGAUGGUACGGGAGUUUUAAUUUAUUUAUCAAACGGUAAGGGUUUGGCGGUGAAGAAGGACACCUGUACCCCCAGUCCGGCCCCGGAGCCCGGAAUUCGGGGUCAACGCCUGAGCCUCCAGGUGCCUCCGCGCUCCCACAGUUCGGCCUCCUCCUCCGAGGAAAAUAGUUCCUCCAGCGCAGCAUUGCCCCUACUGGCCGGGGAGAGGGACAGCCCGUCUCCCAGCACUGAGGAACGCAUUACUCUUACAGAUGUCCCUGAGGGCUCCCCAGUCUCUCCCAACAGUGCCCAGGAGCGCUCCUCCCUCCGCUCCCCUCUCCGCUCGCCCCUCAAGCGCCAGUCCUCCAUGCAGUCUGCCCGGCUAGGAAGCACCAAGAGCCUGUCGGCGGCCGUCUUCACCGACAAGCCUCCGCCGCCCCUCGCUGGCGUCCAGUUCAGCAGCGAGGUCUCCCGUAGUGACGAGAACGCCCUGGACUCUCCGCGCCGGAGCUACAGCUCCUUCCCCUUCACGCCGUCCGCAGACUCCUGCACCUUCCACCAGUACCGCUCGGCAGACUCCAGCAUGUCAGUGGCUGACAGCGAAGCUUACUUUUCAGCAGCAGAGGACUUUGAGCCCAUCAGCAGUGCAGAUGAGGGUCCAGGCACCUACCCUGGGAGGAAGAAGAGGAGGCAGCAGCAGCAGAUGCAGUAUCAGCCCCAGCAGCAGCCCUACCACAUGGACCACUACAGCCACAGCUCCAUCUACCACAGCGUGGAGGGCCCCCUCACCUAUGUGUUGAACGGGGAUCUCAUCACAGAGCCCAGGCCUCUACCCAUGCCCCCCAUGCUGCCCCCGCUGCUAGCCCACCCCAUCCCCAGCCACCAGUCGCAGGCCUCCUUUGUUUCUGCGCUGGGGUUGGAGGAGGAGGGCUCAGUGGAGGUGGAGAAGACCCCCGAGCCAGGCCUGGUGACACGACAGCCCCACGUCAUGGCCUGCUACCAGAGUUACCUGGCCCACUACCAGGUGUCUAACUGGUCUCAGAAGCAGCCCACCAAUAAGAGGACCUCCAAGUCCUCACUACACCGCCCCCUGGACCUGGACACGCCCACCAGUGAGGAGAGCUCUGCCUCCUUCGACCAGCUCUCUGUUCCCAGCUUUAAGGUGGUUAAACAAGGCCUCUCUGCCAGCUCUCUACUAGACAGAGGUCUUUUGUUGAUGGGAGACACAAACAACCAACCGUAUACUCCUCUGGAUAAGAAGGCGAUGGAGAACACAGACGACACCACCACUGAGGACUGGACCUUGGAGCAGCCCCUUUCCCAGACCAGAACCACCGCCAUCGUGGAAGUGAAAGGGGCAAUCAAUGUGGUGCUCACCCCUCUAGUGGCUGAAACUCUGGACAGAUACAUUGAGUCUAUGGUCCACUACGUCAGUAUACGUCACCCUGCAGCCAUUCUGGAUGACCUGCAUGGGAUGGUCCUAAACGAAGCCUAUCAGAUCAGCAAGUCCACUGUGACUGAAUCCAGCUCAGCCAAGCAGGAGCACAAGCUGUCCAAGACGGAGGGUACCACAGGCUCCCUCAACAUGCCACAUGGUCAAACGGACCUGAAGGUCAAACCAGACAACGUGAAGAUCAAGGGCCUUCAAGCUAACGUGUCAAUCCCUAAGGUGAACCUGUGUCUGCUCCAGGCCUCUAUAGAAGAAUGUUCUCCCUUCAGCUCCAGUAAGAGCCACAUCACACACGUCUCUCUGGUUGCUCUCUGCUUCGACAGGAUCGUCACACAGUUUCGCAUGAACAGGGGCAUAGUGGAGGAGACACCCAACACUGCAGAGCACGGCCGUCCCUCCGUAAACUUGGAGAAGUACGCCUCGGCCACCAAGAUGCAGCCACAGUCUUCAGGCUCACUGCGCUCCAACGCCGGCAUUGAGAAGGGCAAGGAGAUCGCUGCCAAGCUUAACAUCCACCGCAUCCACUGCCAGCUACGAGGCCUGGAUUCCAAAGACAUAGGGACAUGUGCCAUCACGGCCAUCCCUUUUGAGAAGUCCAAAGUACUGUUCAGUCUGGAGGAAAUAGAUGAGUUUGCCCUUGUGGACGAGACUGAGAACUACGCGGCUGCAGACCUGGUCCGCACCGCCGCCUCCCUGGAGAAGUGGGGCUGGAUCAUGUUUGAGUGCGGAAUCGAGAACCUCACCGUCAAAGGCGGACGUCAGUCGGGUGCAGUGCUGUACAGUGCGUUUGGCAUGAUGGGGCAGUCGGGUACUGGCGUGAACACUGGCAUGUUCAAAUCCAAUGGCUCAUCAGGCUCUCAGACGGGCAGCGGCUACAGCACUGAUGUAUCUGAUGACAACCUGCCUAACGAUGCCACAAGCCCCAACUCUGAUGCCAACGGAAACGCAGACUCUGACGAUCAGGAUGAAGGGGUGGAGUCUGACGACCUGAAGAAGGACCUCCCCCCUAUGCCCCCGCCCCCUGACUCCAGCAGCAUGAAGCUCACCAUCAAGGAGAUCUGGUUCAGCUUCGCUGCCCCAACCAACGUUCGCUCCCCCUCCCAGGCCAUCUCCAGGCAGCUGAAUCUCCUGAGCACAGCGACACCGGCGAUCGGAGCCUGGUUGGUCCCCAUCGACCAGCUCAAGUCUUCUCUGCGUAAGCUGGACAUGGAGGGCACCUUGAGAGUGUGUGCUGUCAUGGGCUGCAUCAUGACUGAAGCCUUGGAGAAAAAGAGUAUCCACAUCCCCUUCCGGAGCAAGUACAACAGGGUGACCAAGCGAGCACGCUACCUCCAUGAGAACCCCUCUUGUCUGCUGUGUAACAUCCUGCAUCGCUACCUACAGCAGGCUGACUACGCAGUGAUAGAGGAGGCCACUAUGAAUGACGGGCUGCCUGCCCUGGUGACCCUGAAAAAGGGUCUGGUGGCUCUGGCCCGUCAGUGGAUGAAGUUUAUUGUGGUGACCCAAGGCUUCAAGGCCAUCGGCCUGAUGAGGCCCAACCAGCUGCCCAAACCCAAGGAGACCCCCCUGCAGCAGACCUACCAGGUCCAGGGCCUGGACAACGGAGCUGCGCUGCAGAGUGACACCAGCGCCGACGGGGCCGAGUUCGAGUUCGACGCAGCCACAGUGAGUGAACACACCAUGCUGCUGGAGGGAGCAUGCAGCCGCCCCCCGCCCACAGGAGACAAAUCUGGAACGGUCAGUGGGGUGGAGAUCAUGAGGAAGCUGUCCAAGUCCCACACACACAGUGAAUCUGCCCUCAAAAUAAAGGGCUCCCACCCAUACCAGUCCCUGAGCUACACCAGCGGGGACACGGCGGCUGACUCUCCUGCCCAUGUGAGUCGCGUGGGCAUGCCUGCCAAGGACAGUCCCCGUAAGGAGAGUCUGUUGAGCUACCUGACUGGCAGCUUCCCCAGCCUGCACAACCUGCUGGAGGGUACACCCCAGAGGAACGAGCCCACCACCAAGAGCACAGGUAACAGUGUGGGCCCAGAUGUAUUGACGGAGCACCCCCUGCUGUCAGAGCCCUCUUCUGUCAGCUUCUACAACUGGAUGUCCAACGCUGUGGGCAACCGGGGCGGAGGGAACGCUGUACCCCAGGAGUCCCCCAUCAACCGCUCCCAGCACAACAGCCUGCAGACAGGCGUCACCUGUAACCUCCCCACCAUCCCAUCAGCAUCAGACUUCAACACGGUGCUGUCCAGCGACCAGAACACUCUUGAUGGAACACAGUCUCAACACUCUCAGCACAGCACCAGCCAGGAUGACAUAAUGAUGGCCGACAUCGAGGAGGGCAAUCAGUGUCCCGCCGCUGUGCAGCUCGCUGACGCACAGGUUGUGUUCAAGCCUCUGCUGAGUCACACAGGGAUCCAGGCGCAGGAUACCACUCCUCUCAGCUACAAGAUGUAUUUUGGAGAGCACCUCUCCUUCUCCGGCACCUUGGAGUGUCUCAGAGCAGACAUUGUGGACUCAGACACGUCCAAGGAGCGGAAGAACAAACGCUCCAAAAGACAGGGCAUGCCUAACCUCCCUCCGCUGGAGUUCAAACCGGCCCUGCUGAUCGAGACCUUCAGUCUAAACUCUGUGUUGAUGGAGAAGUCUACCAGCACUGGACCCCCCAACUCCACGGCCGUUCCUUUCGCCUUCCACGACCUCAACCGGCGCCACUACAACACCUUCCACUGCGACUUCACCAUCGCCUGCCAGGCCAUCAGCCAGCGUGUGGAUAUGGCCCUGGUGCGCCUCAUCCACCAGUUCAGUACCAUGGUGGACGACAUCAAAGCCACGCAGACAGACAUCAAGCUGAGUCGCUACACAGCCGGCUCCACCUCCCCCACGCCCACCUUCAAGGCAAGGCCCUACCGACACUUCCGCUCUUCUGACUUCAGCCGCAGCUCGCGGGGAAGCAUCAACGGAGCCGGGCGGAGUGGGGCUGGCGGCGGCGGGAACACGGCUCAGAGAAGCAAGCGAGGUGGAGGAGGGGGUCAACCACCCAACGGCCCCCCUUCAGGACUGGACUCACUGGGUAGGAGGGAGCCCCGGGGACGCAACACGCUGGGUCGCUCGGAGCGUCGGACCUCCAAGGUGUCGCGGAAGGGCUCUCGGGACGUGGCUGACCACACAGCCAUCCAAAUGGAUGAUUCCGACUCCAUCACAGUGUCAGAGCAGAGCGAGCCCUCUGCAGAGUGCUGGCAGAACAUGUACAAGCUGCUCAACUUCUACUCACUCAUCUCUGACCCAACGGGUAUCCUGGAGAAGAGCUCCCCUGAGAACUGCAUCUCGGACGGUGGCCGCAGUCCCUCGGAGCCCCUGUGCAGGGUGAUCUUUGAGAACGAGCAGGAGGACCCCACCACCCCCACUAACAAGCCCCCAUCUGGGCUAGGUGCUGGGGGCAGACGGCGCAGCCUGGUGAGUUCUGAGCCACAGCACGUCACCCUCAUCGUGUUUGGCAUCGGCAUGGUGAACCGCACCCACCUGGAGGCCGACAUCGGGGGCCUGACCAUGGAGGCAGAGCUGAAGAAGAUCCACGGCAGCUUCACACUCAAGGAAAAGAUGAAGGACAUACUGCACCAGAAGAUGACAGAAACGUGUGCAUCAGCCCACAUAGGAGGAGUAAACAUUGUGCUCCUGGAGGGUAUAACGCCAGACAUUCAAACGGUUGUGAAAUGCAACGUAGCUAAGUCCCAGGCCCUGUACAGCGCUCAGCGGGGCCUGAAGACCAACAACGCAGCUGUGUUCAAGGUGGGCGCCAUCAUGAUCAACAUCCCACAGCACCCAGCCACGCUGCACAGCAUGAUGGUCCGUAGCUCCCAUCAGCUCUCAAAGCAGAUCUCCGACCUCAUCCGCCAGCCGUCCAACGUGUCACCCCCCAACAGGGAAGACACCCCCACCCCUCAGCCCUCUGACAAGGCGUCCAGCAUCAACCAGACCCCCGUGGAGGCCAAUGAGUUCCCCCAGCUGCCAGAGGGUCUGGAGAAGAAGCCCAUCGUCCUCAAGUUCAGCGCUAUGAUGGACGGCAUCACCAUAGGAGCAGCCCUUUUGCCCUCCCUCAAGGCUGAGUACAAGAUGGGCCGCAUGAAGAGUCACGGCAUGACAGGAGCCCAGACAAGGUUCACGUUCGAGCUGCCCAACCACAAGCUGUGUUUCCAGUCCAAGGUGUCUCCGGUGGACACCAUGUCCGCCAUGCCACCCUCGGCCAACCUCAACCUCCCGCCAGUCACCAUGUCUGGAGAAUACAUAAUGGAGGACCACGAGGGCCACUCGGAUUUUACUGACGACUUCCCAAUCCCCAUGAAGCAGGGCAACUACCUCCAGGGGAAUUACCUGCGCUGUGUGGCUGAGAUUGGUUCUUUUGAGCACAACCUCACCACUGACCUCCUGAACCACCUGGUGUUCCUGCAGAAGGUUUUCAUGAAGGAAGUCAAUGAGGUCAUCCAGAAAGUAUCAGGAGGAGAGCAGCCCAUCCCUCUGUGGAAUGAGCACGACAUCUCAACAGACGCUGACAAGCCCAAGAUUUUGCUCUACUCACUCAGUCUGAUGUUUAAGGGAAUCCAGAUGACAGCCACCACUCCAUCCAUGAGAGCGGUGCGCUUCGAGACAGGGCUGAUAGAGCUGGAGCUCUCCAACAGGAUCCAAUGUAAAGCCCAGCCCGGCGGCAGCAGCAGUUACCUCAAACUGUUUGGGAAGUGCCAAGUGGACCUGAACCUCGCCCUGGGCCAAAUAGUCAAGCACCAGGUGUACGAGGAGGCGGGUUCAGACUUCCACCAGGUGGCCUACUUCCGCACUCGUAUUGGCUUACGGAACGCCCUUCAGGAGGAGAUCAGUGGCUCCUCAGACAAAGAGGCAGUACUCAUCACUCUCAACCGGCCAAUCGUCUUUGCUCAGCCUGUGGCCUUUGACAGAGCUGUACUCUUCUGGCUGAACUACAAGGCAGCCUACGACAACUGGAACGAGCAGCGUCUGGCAUUGAACAAAGACAUCCACAUGGCCACCAAGGAGGUGGUGGACAAGCUGCCGGGCAUCCAGCAGACCUCAGCCCAGGCCUUCAGCACCCUGUUCCUACAGCUCACCGUCAACGACCUUGGAAUCUGUUUGCCCAUCACUAACAACUCACUGGCCAACCACAGCAUUGACUUUGACACGGGCUCUGCCCUGGUGCUGACUAUCGAGAGCACGCUGAUCACCGCCUGCUCCUCUGAGUCGCUGGUCAGCAAGGGCCACUUCAAGAACUUCUGCAUCCGCUUCGCCGAGGGCUUUGAGACCUCCUGGGACGACUGGAAGCCUGAGAUCCGAGGAGACAUGAUCAUGAACGCCUGUGUUGUUCCAGAUGGUACAUAUGAAGUGUGCUCCAGAACCACAGGCCAGCUGUCAGCAGAAAGCAGCAGUGCAGGCACCUGGGCGCUGAACGUGCUGUGGAAAAUGUGUGGUAUCGACGUCCACAUGGACCCCAACAUUGGCAAGCGUCUCAACGCCCUAGGCAACACACUGACCUCGCUGACGGGAGAGGAGGAUGUGGAUGACAUCGCUGACCUCAACUCAAUCAACAUGGUCAACUUGUCUGAUGAGGAUGAGGCCGACACCAUGUCGCCGACCAUCCAUAUGGAGACCAUAGACCUCAGGCGGCAGGCGGCAGUGGGCAACCAGAUCUUAGAUCCAAGAAGAGGGAAGUUAAACAAAAGAAUAGUGGACAUCAGAGAGCUGAACGAGCAGGCCAAAGUCAUUGAUGACCUCAAGAAAUUGGGAGCGAGUGAGGGCACAAUUAACCAGGAGAUCCAGCGCUACCAGCAGCUGGAGUCUGUGGCCGUCAACGACAUCAGGAGAGAUGUCCGCAAGAAACUACGCCGCUCCAGCAUGAGGGCUGCAUCUCUAAAGGACAAGUGGGGUCUGGGAUACAAACCCAGCUAUAACCGUUCCAAGAGCAUCUCUACAGCAGCAGGGAGGCCUCCACUUAAAAGGAUGGAACGCCAAAGUUCCAGAAUAGGAGACGUAAAUGACUUGCCGGACAUCAGAGUAGAUGCAUCCUCCCCUGGACCAAGAGUUACCUUCAACAUCCAGGACACGUUUCCGGAGGAGACAGAAAUGGACCUGUUAUCCAUCACCAUUGACGAGCCACUCCAUCCUCAUCUUCAUCACCUUCAUCAUUUCCCAUCUGUUAGCCAAGAACCCCACUCAGUGUUCAGUGCCCCUGCAACCCCCGCCGUCUUCUCACCUGGCAUUCCCUUCCAGCACGACGACAUGCGGCGCGACGAGCUCUCCUCCUCUUCCUCAGAGGACUCCGACAAGGAGGAAGAGUUUGACCGCGAGAGGUCAUCUAGCUACUUCAGGAGGACUGUCCAACCACCACACAGAAAACCAUCAGGCUUCGCCGCUGUCAGCCAGAUGUUCAGUGAGCGCUGGCCCAGCACACCCACCAACCGCAGCCUCAUGAGCUCAGUCACUGAGAGGAACAUCGACUUUGAGCUGGACGUGCGUGUGGAGAUUGACAGUGGCAAGUGUGUCCUGCAUCCCACCACCCAGCAGCCCGAGCACGAGGAUGUCUCCUUCAGAAGGAGUUGUGACCGCAGCUCCAGGAGUCUGGACCAGGAGUCUCCACCCAAGAAGAAGAAGCUCCAGCCCACUUACACCUCAACCACCCACCUCCUGUCCGGGAAGAAGGUGCCUUCCUCUCUGCAGACCAAAUCCAGUGACCUGGAGACCACUGUCUUUUACAUUCCGGGAGUGGAUGUCAAGUUGCACUACAACUCCAAAACCAUGAAGACUGAGUCACCCAAUGCCUCGCGAGGAUCCUCCCUCCCCCGCACCCUCUCCAAAGAGUCCAAGCUGUAUGGUAUGAAAGAUUGCGGCCCUCAGAACCCUCCCAAUGCUGCCCAAAGCAAGACUAACACGCUCCUUCCUCCCCCACCCCCACCUCUACCAUCAGCCAAAGGCAAGGGUAGUGGUGGGGUGAAGACAGCCAAGCUGUACGCCUGGGUGGCCCUUCAGACCCUCCCAGAGGAGAUGGUCAUCAGCCCUUGUCUUCUGGACUUCCUGGAGAAAGCCUUGGAGACCAUUCCAAUCACCACUGUGGAAAGGAACUAUACUGCUGUGAACUCCCAGGAGGAGGACAUAGGCCAGUUUGAGCCAGUGGAUCCCCUGGAGGAGUCCACCACCUCCCUGGUUUCCUCCACCUCUGCCUACUCCUCCUUCCCUGUGGACGUGGUGGUCUACGUCAGAGUACAGCCCUCUCAGAUCCGCUUCAGCUGCUUGCCCAUGUCCAGAGUAGAGUGUAUGCUGAAAUUGCCAUCUCUAGACCUGGUAUUCUCCUCUAAUCGCGGUGAAAUGGAGAUCCCAUCCAGCACCCAACCUACCGACAGCCCACACCCACCCUCCUCCACCCCCCCGAGCCAACACAUCCUCAAACCGCCCCCUAUCAAAGGAGGUCCCUCUCCAUCUCUGGGUAGCCCUCUGGGCCGGACCCGUCACAGCAGCAGCCAGUCAGACCUCACCGCCCCCCCCAGCAACUCCUCAGGGCUCAGCUUCACCGCCUGCAUGUCAGACUUCUCCCUCUACGUGUUCCACCCCUACGGUGCAGGGAAACAGAAGUCUGCCGUCACAGGGCUGCCCCCAGGCCCAGGACCUCUAGGUACAGUGGAUGAGGAGCCGUCCUCUGUGACUGGGAGGAAGGAUUCACUCAGCAUCAACCUGGAGUUCGUCAAGGUCAGCCUGUCCAGAAUGAGACGCACCGGAGGACCCACCUUCAUUGAGAGCUUUGUACCUGGCAAGGGAGGCAAGAUGGACACCACCCUUAUCAAUAUCUCAGCUGUGUGUGACAUUGGCUCGGCCUCCUUCAAGUAUGACAUGCGGAGGCUAAGUGAGAUCCUGGCCUUCCCCAGAGCCUGGUACCGGCGCAGCAUCGCCAGACGCCUCUUCCUGGGAGACCAGACCAUCAACAUGCCAACAGCCUCAGGUCCUGCCACCCCGGACUCUGUAGAGAACAUGACCCAGCACCUGUCACCAGAAUCCAGCCGUAAAGCCUACUGGAGGACCUGGGAUGGUAGCACUGGGCAGUACAUGCCUCAGUCCCCCAACGUGUUCUCUGACCACUCUACUGGGAGUAAUAUGUCCCCCGGGGGCCUGUCCUCCCACCUCAAGUCCCCAGCCCCCGGACGCACCAGGAGCGUCUCUGAUUCCUCCGCCCCCAGAAGAGAUUCUGUGACCAAGACGUCCACGCCGUCGUUCAAUAAAAACGGCAAGGCAGCCGGCCCCCAAGGGACCCCGUGGGAGACACUAGUGGUGUUCGCCAUCAACCUGAAGCAGCUCAACGUCCAGAUGAACAUGAGCAAUGUCAUGGGCAACAACACUUGGACCACCAGUGGGCUGAAGAGUCAGGGUCGUCUGUCAGUGGGUAGUAACCGAGACCGAGAGAUCAGCAUGUCCGUGGGCCUGGGUCGUUCCAAACUGGACUCUAAAGGCGGCGUGGUGGGGGGCAACAUAGAUGUCAACACCCUGGAGAUGGUCUCACACAUCUCGGAGCACCCCAACCAGCAGCCUAGCCAUAAGAUCCAGAUCACCAUGGGCUCCACGGAGGCCCGUGUGGACUACAUGGGCUCCAGCAUCCUCAUGGGCAUCUUCAGCAACGCAGACCUGCAACUCCAGGACGAGUGGAAGGUCAACCUGUGCACCGUUGAGACCAGCCUAUCAGAGAAAAGUGAGAUUUUUGUCCACGGUGACUUGCAGUGGGAUAUCUUCCAGGUGAUCAUCUCGCGCUCCACUACCCCCGACCUCAUUAAGAUCGGGAUGAAGCUGCAGGAGUUUUUCACCCAGCAAUUUGACACCAGCAAACGAGCAUUGUCCACAUGGGGUCCAGUCCCCUACCUGCCCCCGAAGGCGCCGGUCAUCAACAUCGAGAAAGAAGCUGCAGAGCUAUACAUGGAUGCAGCCCACCAUCGUCACUGGCCUGGGGUUCUGAAGGUGAUCGCUGGAUGCCACAUCUCCCUCUUCCAGAUGCCUCUCCCAGAGGACGCCGUGCAACUGGGUGGCUCCAUGAGUCUCCAUGGCAACCACAUGACCCUGGCCUGCUUCCAUGGGCCCAACUUCCGCUCCAAGUCCUGGGCUUUAUUCCACCUGGAGGAGCCCAACAUAGCCUUUUGGACCGAGGCUCAGAAGAUAUUGGAGGAUGGCUCCACUGAUGACUCCACCUAUAUCGUGCAGACGUUGGAUUUUCAUCUGGGUCACAACACCAUGGUAACCAAACCCUGCGGCGCACUAGAGAGCCCCAUGGCCACCAUCACCAAAAUCACCCGUCGCCGGCACGAAAACCCCCCUCACGGAGUAGCCACAGUCAAAGAAUGGUUCAAUUAUGUGACUGCCAUGAGGAAUGAGGAGCUAUACCUCUUGCGGAACGUGGACGCCAACAACACAGAGAGUGGGGCUGCCGCCAAGAGUUCCAGUCUGCUAAGCAGCUUCCGAGGCUCGUCCAGCUAUAACCACGAGACAGAGACCGUCUUUGCCCUACCCAGGAUGCAGCUGGACUUCAAGUCCAUCCAUGUUCAGGAUCCCGAUGAACCCUCCUUGACUGACUCCAACAGUAAGCCCAAGGUGGAGUGCAGCGUGGUGACUGAGUUCACAGACCACAUAUGUGUCACCAUGGAUGCCGAGCUCAUCAUGUUUCUGCACGACCUGGUCUCUGCCUACCUGAAGGAAAAAGAGAAGGCCCUUUUCAACCCCCGGAUCUUUGCCACUCGGCCUGGCCAGAAGAGCCCGACAGCCCUGCAUGAUGAGAACUCCACAGACAAGGAGGAAGGCAUCAACUACACCACGGUGGACUGGAGAGAAUUCAUGUGCAACACCUGGCACCUGGAGCCCACACUCCGGCUCAUCUCCUGGACGGGACGGAAGAUCGAUCCUGUCGGCGUGGACUACAUUCUGCAGAAGCUAGGCUUCCACCACGCAAGGACUACAAUUCCCAAAUGGCUCCAGAGGGGGGUGAUGGACCCCCUGGACAAGGUCCUCUCUGUCCUCAUCAAGAAACUGGGCACGGCCCUGCAGGACGAAAAGGAGAAGAAGGAGAAGAAGGAGAAGAUGGGACGAGACAAAGACGAGCACUAACUCAUACAGCCAUAUGUUCUAACACAACACUUUAAAAGCUGGAGGUCAGACAGUAAAUCCUCAAUGAACAAAACACUGGAUAACUGGAAACACUGGAUAUUUCCUUGACUACUGUGCAUUUGUCAUAGGCGCAUUUACCGCUAAGCCAUGUGAAUUUAGGCAUAGAUGUUUACAGUGGUGCAUGCCACUAUGGGUUUUGACUGAAAGUUUUGCACUGUUUUUAUGUAUAUUUUGAACAAAGUAGUAAGUGAAGUCUUAUUUGGCUGCUUAAAAGGAUAACCCUGAAAAACCCCAACAUGGAUUAUAUGCUAUACAUGCUUUAUAUGGUGUUAUCAGAACAAAUUGAAGAUAUCGUUUAUUAUCCUUCUUGGAGGUUCAUUAACUUUUUCUGUGGGGGGUACUUCUAAAUCAUUGUCUGUGGCUUUGUUUCCAAUGGAACAAACACAUGGUAAGGUUGGAAAGAGCAAUAUCAUCAGUUUUUCUAAAUUCAUCCCAAUGACAACGUUUUUUGGAAAAGAUGGUUCCUAUUAACAAAAAAGCAUUGGAUCGUUCAGAUCCACUUCGGUCAAUCUAAAACAUGUGAUAAGAUGUAUUGUAACGAUAAACAAUGGUUAUUUUGUUUUAUUUUCUUAAUUUAAUGGGUAUCUGAAAUGUAUAGUCUAUAACCCAUGUGAGCUGGGUGUGUCAAGCCUGUUUUUUUAAUAUGUGCAAUAGACCAGUGUAUAUAAAAUAACUGUGAAUUUCUUAAAUGUGUUGAUUUCUUAACAUAAUAAAAUCAUUGCCAUCCUAUUUUACAUCUGA